CCUCAUCUUGCCUAGCCUGCUUCAUCAAUCAAUUCUUCAUCUUCAUCUUCAUCGAUCAAUUCUUCAUCAAACAACAAAAUCCACAAAAACACACACAUAUAUAUAUUUUUUCAUCAAACAUCACCUUCUCCUUCCUCAUCCAACAUCAAACAUCAAUUCUUCAAAGGAACCCAGGUGCUGGGUUCAAUCGAACCCAACAGGCACCCUUUCUCCUUCUUCUUCCUUACCUUACCUUCUCCGUCAAUCAAUUCUUCUCAUCAUCAACACAAAACCAAAACCAAAACCAAAAAACAAAAAACAGAAAUUUUUUUAGUUUUUGCCCCUGGGUUCCAAGGAACCCAGCGCCGGAAGAGAGUAUGUGAAGCUGUGAAGUUGAAGGUUAACUUAAUGUCCUUCAAUCUUCUUGAGGCAGAAGAUCUGCAAGAAGCAAGAUCAAAAAAUGCUGGUUUGAUGAUAUUUUAUGUUACUGGUAUGGGUGGUGUUUUAUGCUACAACAUUAGUCCAAAAAGGCAAGGAUGGCUUGUGAAGGUGCAAGUUGGGACCAAAAGAGUACUCACCAUUGCAUCAAGUCAUUUUCAUGACCGAGUAGCCAAAUCUUUAGCCCAAGGAAGCUGUAGAAGAUGAAAAAGAUGAUGAAGCAGCACUUUGAGCCUCAUCUUCAUCAACAUUUGCAGCUUAGCUUGCUGCACAUUUUUGUUGUCAUUUGGCAGCUUCAAUUUCACCAUAUUUGCAGCUAAAUUGCUGCACUUUGCUGCUACCGUCCUAUUGGUGCAGCUCUCCCUUCUUCAUUUGCUGCCAUUUUGUGCAGCCUUUCAUUUUCACUUGCUGCUACUUGGCAGCUCGAACACCACAACUCCAACAAUUUCAUGGCAGUUUCAAUUCAUUAUUUCUGUAGAUUUGAAUGCCACGUUUCUAGCAAUAAUUCCAACAUCUUUUA